UUUCAGACAUUCCCUUAUCACUAACAACAACAAAAAGGAUGUCUUGUCCGAUAUUGUAAAUUUAAUCGAUUUCGUGGGAAGAUAUUAGUUGUUCAAGUUUCACAAGGAUUACCGUCCAAUUCACCGUUGUACCGGUAUCGUAGCACCAGGCUUGACAAUGGCAUCAAUGUUUGACCAGUAUUCCUCGGCGUUGAUACGCGAAAAUACCAGUGAAUCGGAUCCGCCCAAUCGGCCCCCUUCAUCGGGUUAUGUUAGUGUUCGAAUGAAAAAAGAGGUUCCCAUAUUUGCCAAGCAAAAAAUGAACCUGAACCUUCCGGCGGGUAUUCUGUUUCUUUCGGUGCAAAACGAUUGGGUAAUCAUACUGAUGACUAAUCUGACCAUACUGCGAAUGAACAUAAAACAGCCGGACAAGUUUACGGAGGUACCCAUCGACAAGUAUGUCGGCGGGUUGAAGCCAGUGAGCUUGUUUCUGGAUCCACUGGGGGCACAUCUCCUCAUAACCUUUGCACCUAAGUCGCCGGGAUUUACGCCCGAGGUGCUCUAUCUGCAGCGAAACAGUUUCAAACCGAAGUUUGUUUCAAAGCUUAAAGAUCAGGAAAUUACAGCGGUUGGAUUUAACUAUUCCAACAACUCGGAACUCACGACCGGUCCCAUUCUGCUGGGCACUAAUAAAGGUGUUAUUUGGGAAGCUGAUAUCGGUAUCGACGGUGGAGAUAAACUGAUUCAACAGAAUCUACGGCAGGUUUUCGACGUUAGCACGGGUGGUGAAAGUCGUCCGAUUACCGGCAUAGAAUUUCAUAUGCGACAGGAUCAGCGAAAUUUGCACUGUAUCAUUCUGGUGUUGACGCUGGAUAUAAUUUACACAUUUCAUGAAACUAUUCGACAGGCUGAUUCGAAGAUGGCUUUCGGGCAUUUGCAGAAAGUGUUCAAUUCGUAUCUGAAUAUACCGGAAGAUUUGAACGAUUUCGAACACGUGACGAGCAAGUUGAACUAUUCCAAGUUGCAGUUCAAUUAUGAGGAAGAUUUCCCGAAAAGUUUCGGUUGUCUGACGGAGGAUGGAAUCAAUUUCCAAGAGAUCGACCCGAAAAUAGAUACUCUGCACUUUGUGGUACAAAAGGAAUUGAUUCCGUACCCGGCACAGGAGGACGCCGCUCCACAACCGGUGGAAAACACCUACAAGGUGGUGCCGAAAGGGAACACACCGCUGUCGUUUGUGUUGACCGAUUUUCACGCGAUCCUGCUUUAUCUGGAUCACGUAACGGCGAUUUCCCUACUCAAUUAUCAGGUCGCCUAUGAGGAAUAUUUUGUGGAACAGUACGGCAAACUUACGAACGUGCUGAAGGAUGUUCGGUCCAAUGUGACCUACGUCUACAGCAAUAAAAUGAUCUUCCGAUAUAAGAUUAAUAACGAGCAGCGUAAUGCUUGGCGACUGUACGCGGAUCGGCAAAAAUUUGACCUAGCCCUUCAGUACUGCAACGAUAACCCGGCUCACCGGGAUAUGGUUCUGGUUAAACAGGCCCAGUCGUAUUUCGAUGUGGGUGACUAUUUGGAAGCAGCCCGAAUCUACUCCAACACGCAGCUGAGCUUUGAGGAGGUGUGCUUGCGGUUUCUUCAGCGCAAUCAAAACGAUGCCCUGAUGCUGUAUUUGAAGAACCGACUAACCAAACUGAAACCUCAGGAGAAAACUCAAAUCACGAUGCUGAUCGUGUGGAUGGUGGAACUUUAUUUGAUAGAGAUUUCGCGAUGUGCCGGAGAUAAUGUGGAUCGGGAGCGGGAGCUGCAGAAAGAGUUCGAUGCUUUCAUGCAAACGGCGAUUGUGAUCGAUUGUAUGAAGAAGAACCGGUCGGUAAUUUACGAUCUGAUGGCUUCCCACGGAGACAGUCACAAUCUAACCGCGUUGACAACCAUUCAUCAGGACUAUGAAAGUGUAAUCCAGCAGUACGUCAAUCAGGCGCGAUUCGAUGAUGCACUUUCGGUACUGAAAGCCCAAAGUCGCCAGGAGUUGGUUUACAAGUAUGCACCGGUUUUGAUUGAGGAAUUGCCGGCGGAAACGAUCAACGUUUUGAUCGCUCAAGGCAAACGACUGGAUCCGAUAAAACUCAUUCCCACGUUACUUCAUUUGGAUAGCCCUGGACAUGUAGUUGAAAUUGUGAAAUAUCUGGAAUUUUGCAUCCAUUCGACCGGUUGUUCGGAGCCGGCAAUUCACAACUAUUUAAUUCAGUUGUACAGUGAGCACUUCCGCGAAAAACUGUUGACAUUUUUGGAGACCCAAGGUAAGGACAUAACCAUGAUCAGCUACGAUGCACACUACGCACUACGAAUUUGUUUGAAACGUGAAAUCAAGGAAGCGAGUGUUUUCCUGCAGUGUUUGCUUGAGAUGUGGGUUCCAGCGGUCGAACUUGCACUGACGUUUGAUGUUCAGCUGGCCAAGGCGACGGCCUCGCAGUCUCGGGAUAAAAAUCUUCGGAAAAAGCUAUGGCUUAUCAUCGCCGAAAAGGAAAUUCAUGGCAAACACGAAAAUGUUCAGGAAGCUUUGAAGAUUCUGAAGGAAUGUGAUCUGCUUCGGAUAGAGGACCUGCUGCCGUACUUCUCCGAUUUCCAGAAGAUUGAUCAUUUUAAGGAAGCCAUCUGUGAAUCAUUGAAGGAGUACAACAUCAAAAUCCAGGAACAGCGAAAAGAUAUGGAAGAGUCGGCAAAAUCAGCGGAAAGAGUUCGUUCCGAGCUGCAAACGUUCCGUAACCGUUCGGUUACGGUUGGAGCACAGGAACAGUGUGCAAUCUGCGGAGUUUAUUUGCUACUGAAACCAUUCUUCAUUUUUCAUUGCGGUCACAAAUUCCAUGGGGAUUGUUUAGAACGACAGCUGCUGCCUCAGCUUGGUAUCGACGUUGUCAACCAUCUUAUGAGCUUAAAACAGCAACUAAGUGUUGCUCAGAACCAGCCGAUCGAUACGGGGAGUCAUGUAGGGGACACGAUGUCCAGCAAAGAACAUUUGAAAAAUCAGAUCGAAGACAUUCUGGCGUCCGAUUGUUUGUUCUGCGGUGAAGUGAUGAUCAACACCAUCGAUCGGACCUUCAUCGAAAACUGGGAGAAAGUUGACAAUGACUGGCAGUAAUACAUGAUGAUUCAAAUAUUUUAAAAUUGCAAAUAAACUAUAGUAUUUGAAUAUAUACAGCAUGAAUAGUAUCGAA